UGAAAGUUUGAACCCUAACUACUACACCAUGUUCUAAAAUUCUCCCCUGUGGUACCUGUAUUGUGUUUAAAGGUAGUGCAGCCCAGUCUUUUAGAGCCUCUGGCCCGCUAAAUCUAAACUCCUUCUGUUUUAGUCCUAGGUUCAGGCGGGCCUGACUGGUUGCUGCUUUCCUUUUUGUCUCACCGUGGCAUUGAGCGUUAGGGAAAAGAAAGACUCCGCAGGAACGAGCACUUCGGCGCAAAAAAAAAACCUGAAUAGGAGUUUUAAGUCCCUGAACCCUCCCACAGAGGAGAUAUAAGGGAGAGUGUCAAGACUGAAAUCUGCAUUCCUCUAAUGUGGUCAUCUGAAGACAGACAGCGACUGCACUACUACUAACCACUCAACCUGAUCAAGCCUGUUCACAAGCCAGCACGGAGUAGGAGGAGACAGACACCGUAGUGUAAGAGGUGCUGAAAACCUUCUCUUUGUCUCAAUUCAUUUUCUACAUUUUUGGGAUGAUCAUGCAGGACUGACCAUACUUAAAAACAGACAGCAUUAUUAUUUCGUUUAUUUGGAAUUUAGGUGGAGAGGAGGACCUAUUUUAAAAAUCCGGUUACCAGGAAUAGCAUUCAACAAAAUAAAAGUGGGAUCCCUCUCAGAAUUUGAAGGAUUGAGCACCAGAAUUAGAACAUCUCAGCACCAUGGCACUGCUGGACACAGAGUUUGGGGUGAAGGGCAGCAGCAUCAUCAGAGAGUGGAGUGGACAGGUCCAGCCAGCUCUGGUCGCCUCCUUUGUUUUCCUCUUCUGUCUAGAAGCCUGUCUAUGGGUCAGGAAUCUCAGACUCAAGAGAAGGCUGCCAGGACCCUUUGCCUGGCCGGUGGUGGGCAAUGCCAUGCAGCUGGGGCAGAUGCCUCAUAUCACCUUCUCCAAGCUGGCAAAGAAGUACGGCAACGUGUAUCAGAUACGACUGGGCUGCAACAACAUAGUGGUGCUCAAUGGAGACACAGCAAUACAAGAAGCCUUGGUGCAACACAGCACAGAGUUUGCAGGCAGACCCAACUUUGUGUCUUUUCAGUCAGUGUCUGGUGGUAACAGCAUGACAUUCUCUAACUACAGCAAACAGUGGAGGACCCACCGGAAGAUCGCUCAGUCCACCAUUAGAGCUUUCUACUCUGCCAACAGCCAGACCAAAAAAGCAUUUGAACAGCACGUUGUUGCAGAGGCUACUGAGCUCAUUGAAGCUUUCCUCAAACUCAGUGCUGAUGGACAGUUUUUCAACCCUGCUCACGAACUGACAGUAGCUGCUGCAAAUGUAAUCUGUGCACUGUGCUUUGGAAAGCGUUAUGGCCAUGAUGACAUGGAGUUUAGAACCCUUCUGGGCAGUGUGGACAGGUUUGGAGAGACGGUGGGGGCUGGCAGCUUGGUCGAUGUCAUGCCCUGGCUUCAAUAUUUCCCAAAUCCUGUCCGCAGUGUCUACCAGAGCUUCAAAGACCUCAAUAAAGAGUUUUUCACCUUUGUGAGAGACAAGGUGGUGGAGCACAGGGAGACGUUUGACCCUGAAGUGACCCGGGACAUGAGUGAUGCCAUUAUUCAGGUAAUUGACAAGGCAGGCCAUGAUACCGGGUUGACGGAGGCCCACACAGAAGGGACUGUGUCCGAUCUGAUUGGUGCGGGACUGGAUACUGUGUCAACUUGCCUUCAUUGGAUGCUCCUUUUAUUGGCAAAAUACCCCAACAUCCAAACCAGACUGCAGGAGCAGAUUGACAAAGUGGUAGGCCGUGACAGGCUGCCCUGUAUUGAGGACAAAGCCAGCCUGGCUUACCUAGAUGCUGUUAUCUAUGAGACCAUGCGCUAUACCAGCUUUGUACCCCUCACCAUCCCACACUCCACCACCUCAGAUGUCACCAUCGAAGGCUUCCACAUCCCCAAAGACACAGUGGUCUUCAUUAACCAGUGGUCUGUCAACCACAACCCUUUAAAGUGGAAGGACCCACAUCUUUUUGACCCCUCACGGUUCCUCGAUGAAAAUGGUGCCCUUGACAAGGACCUGAGCAACAGUGUGUUGAUAUUCUCAGCAGGGAAGAGGCGAUGUAUCGGUGACCAGAUCGCCAAAGUGGAGGUUUUUUUAUUUUCUGCUAUUUUGAUUCACCAAUGCAGCUUUGAGAAUAACCCAAGUCAGGACCUCUCCUUAGACUGCUCCUAUGGGUUAACACUGAAGCCCCUAAACUACAAGAUCUCUGCCAAGCUCAGAGGAGAAUUACUUAAUGCGGCAUAAAAUCUUGUGAUUUGUGUUUUCAAACAGAGCACCCACUAAUGGACUGCAGUAAUCCAAUGCACUAUAAAAGGUAUGUACACAACAGUGAAUAGUUUUGCUUGGUAGGUACCAACCAUAAGACUUAUAUUGAUACUUAUGUCAAUACUUUACUAUUAUUAUCAUUAGCUAAACUGAUUGUUGAUUGUAUAAAUCACUUUUUGUGACAGAUAACUGAAUCGUGUUUGUUAAUUGUAUCAUUUUAUUGCACUGGCUAUACAGUUGAAGUUGGAAGUUUACAUACACCUUACAUUUAAACUCAGUUUUUCACAAUUCCUGACAUUUAUAGUAAUAAUUCAUAGUAAAAAUACCUUGUCUUAGGCCAGUUAGGAUCACCACUUUAUUUUAAGAAUGUGAAAUGUCAAAAUAAUAGUAGAGAGAAUAAAUUAUUUCAGCUUUAAUUUCUUUCAUCACAUUUUUUAUUUAAUUU